AUGGUAGCAACUGUGCAGCUAAUUAAAUUUAGGUAUUUACUCAUAAUUGUCCAACACUUGCUCGCUAGGAGUAAGAUCAUCUGGCGUUACACAGACCAAGGUACUGUUUCAAUACAGUAUGCUGUACAUAUGAUCGGAGCAUUGGUGUAAAAACAAGUGAAAAUCAAGCAAGGGCGUUAGAGGGUGAAUUGUGGCAUAGCGGAUUGACAAUACUCAUUGACAAAUAGUCUUGUUAACUGCCCAGAGCCCAAAACUUUCUUUAGAGGAGUAAAAUCGACGUAAAUAUUUGAAUUUCAGCAGCGUCAUUCCUGACGAUGACUGCAAGUUAUUCGAAACGUAGAAUAAAAAUGUUAAUCGUUUCAGAGCUGCCUAUGGCUGUGUAUAACAUUAAAAUGUUGUUUACUUACUCUAGUUUUAUACCUAAUUUGUGUAAAUCGCUUUUUAUAUUACAUUAAAUUUAGUUGCUAUUACAUAACAAAUAUCUGCUAUUACAUAACAGAUACCUUGUAAAGAUCUUUUGUGGCUUACAUAAAUUCGUUGUUUACUGUAGGUUCUGUGUCUGCAACGUACAAUCUAAAAAAGUCAUCCAGUAUUUUGAAAGGAGAGAUUGCCUUCAUGAAACAACUAAAGAAAUGGUUGGGAGAGAAGUGUAAAUGGAAUCUUUGUUACAGAGCUUCCAGAGAUGGUUGGAGAGCCCAAGAUUUUCACAAACAUUGUGACAAUAAAGGACCAACAGUGGUUUUGGUGAAAGCCAAUGAUUGUAUAUUUGGAGGAUACACUGACCAACACUGGGAAUCUUCAG